CAAUUGCCCAUCUCAAUGAGGUGGUGAUGAUUUGGUCCGGAGAGGAGAGAGACAAUGAGGCGGUGAUGAACCGACGCGAUGUCCAACCUCAGAAUUCUGCUGUUUAGUUGAACUGCAUCACCCUGAAAGCUCUGUGAGCAAUUCACACCUUGCACAGUAGCUCACAGAGGUAUGAGCUUCUCCAGUAGAGACAGCAGCUGUGCAGCAUUUAUCGCAUUAAUGGUGUCAAUGCUCUAGAUAUCCAACAUCAUGGCUUUGUGAGCCACACAGAGAGAGAAGAGAGAGAUAGAGAGAGUGCCAAAUGUUUUCUACUUUGCAGCCAACAGAGCUAGAGAGAGAGAAAAUGGUUUCCACAUUGCAGCCAACAGAGAGAGAGGGAGGUACUUGUGAUUGGUUGAGUUCAUGAUAGCUUACCUCUCUCUCUCAUUGAACAUGGGAAUCUGGACGAGGACCAUGGGAUAGGUAAGAGAACCCAACUCCGCAUCCUGUGACAGUGGCACCCACUUAUAGAUCUUCUUCGGCGUCCGCCGGAGAAGAUGCUGAAUUCCUGAGUUCUGUGGAAGAUGCUGAAUUCCUGCAAAGAAUAUGAUGGCAUGAAGACUUGGGAACAAUGUUGAGAUGAUUGAAGGGGAUAAAGUCAAUAUAUUAAGAGUGUUUGUUUCCUUGAAAGAGUCCUCGUUAACAGUAAAGACAAGGACACCAAUUACUGAAGGAGUACAUCGGUGGGUAUACGAUAAGUAAGCAGGCCCGUUGCACAUCCGGCCGCAGUGAAUGCAGGGCAGCUGUAUGAUAAUAUUCCUCACAGAACCAUGUUGCUUGCUCCGGUCAGCUAUGGCAUGUCCACCGCUGCCUGCCGCACUGGGGAAUCCACUUGGGCCGCCGACAAUUUCCUCAUCAUGAUGCGGACAAAGAAGUACGUGUUGUUGGAUGUUUUGGUCAGUGGGCUUUCCUCGUUUGUAUCCAUCCUAUAUUUGGGCUUUCACAGCCAAUCCAAUCUUGGGGAGGGAACAGUUACAAGUAGCCGUUGAGAUUUUAAACCCAAAGCCACUAUAUAUAUAAAUGGCCGAACUCUUCGAACCCGUCCAUCUUGAGAACAGCAAUGGAGCCAACCGUCGAACACUUCGAAGGCCCGUACUCCUGCCCGUGCUCCCCACGGUCAACGUCGCCGACGUCGGCAGGCGGCGGUCGUAGGAAGAGGGCAGUGGCAAGAGGCAUGCAGAAAACCCUCUCCAAGACCUCCAUGCUCGUCAACUUCCUCCCCACCGGCACCCUCCUCACCUUCGAGCUGCUGCUCCCCUCCGCCUCCGGCGACGGCUCGUGCUCCCCGGUGAGCACGCUGAUGAUCGAGACCCUGCUCGGCCUCUGCGCCCUCUCCUGCUUCUUCUUCCACUUCACCGACAGCUUCCGCGGCCCGGACGGGAAGGUCUACUACGGGUUCGUCACCCCGCGGGGCCUCGCGGUCUUCAAGUCCGGCCUGGGGGUGGACGUGCCCCAGGACGAGCGGUUCCGGAUGGGGUUCGUGGACUUGGUCCAUGCGCUCAUGGCGGCCAUGGUGUUCGCGGCCAUCGCGCUGUCCGAUCACCGCGUCACCAACUGCCUCUUCCCGGGGCAUGCCAAGGAGAUGGAUGAGGUGAUGGAGAGCUUUCCGCUGAUGGUGGGGGUGGUGUGCAGUGGGCUCUUCCUCGUCUUCCCCAACACACGCUAUGGUAUAGGCUGCAUGGCCACAUGAAUCAGAUCAAUAACGUGGACGGCUACUGAUCCAUCUCAUUGUUUGACCACACAAUUUUCGUUGAAUUCCACUUUUUGGUGUGAUUAAUCCAAGUGAUUUUUCAUGAUAAAGUGUCGG